GGUCUCUUCGUGUGUGUUUGUGUUUUGGGCUUGUAGUUGGAUGCUACGGCUUUUUGUGAAUGGAGGAGAGACGCUCGGGCUGACAGGAUGGACAGACGUCUUUAUGUCCCUUAGGGAUGGAGAUGAGACCGGCUCAGAUUUGAGACGACACUCAGGCACACUAGCAGACACCUGCAGAUCAGGAGGGAUUCCUCGGAGAGGAUGGCACACACAGAUGAGGACCUGAUUGGGAUCCCUUUCCCGAACCAUAGCAAUGAUGUCCUGUGCAGCCUUAACGAGCAACGACGGGACGGGUUGCUUUGUGAUGUCAUCCUAGUCGUCAGAGACCAAGAGUACCGCACCCAUCGUUCCGUGCUGGCCGCAUGUAGUCAGUACUUUAAAAAACUCUUUACCGUGGCAACCGGUACCGGCAGGGACUCAAACCAACAUGCCAUCUACGAGCUGGACUUUGUGGCGCCGGACUCGCUGACGGCCAUUUUGGAGUUUGCGUACACGUCGACGCUGACGGUAACAGCGUCGAACGUCAAAGAGAUUCUGACCACGGCGAGGCUGCUAGAAAUUCCUUGCAUCGUAAACGUUUGUCUAGAAAUUAUGGACACGGGAGGAGGCAGUGGAGGAGGGCACGGGGUGAAAGGCGAGGAGUUUGAGGGGGACGAUGAGGAAGACGAGGAGGAGGAUGACGAGGAAGAAAUGGAGGCAGAAAAUGACUCAAAAGAUGGGGAUGAUCGUGUAGGUGAUAAUAUCUGUGAAAAAUUGGCACAAGGGGAGCUGUCCGAAAACCAGGACAGCCAUAAAAGCUGGGAUGAGAGGGGAGUGAACAGCCAGCCCUGCAGCUCGCAACAGGGGGUACACCUUGAACGGGACAGCAAAUAUGCCCAAAGACACCAGUUGGACACCCCGGAAGCCCAACGUGCUGACAAACCCAGAGGCCCAGAGGGAUUAGAGGGCCGUGCACUGAAGGAUUUCUCUAUAGAGUCCCUACUUCAGGAAGGACUGUACCCGAAAGUGGCUGGCUUGGAAAGGGGGGCCGGCUUCUCACCUCUCAUCCCCAGCUUUUACGCUCCCAUGUGGGCACCGGAGUUCCCAGGAUACCCGCAGCUUCUGGAGGCCCGUCACCCUUCUCACCCCUUCCCAACCGCCUCGCUGGAAAACGGCCCGCUGGACCUCGCCAUCAAGAAAGAAGUCAUCAAAGAAGAGGUGAAGGACGAGCCCUCAAACCCUGUCUUUCACAAAGACUUCCUCAAAGACUUCAUGAGUCCAGGAUUGAGUGUGACCUCUGACCCUGCUCUCGGUCAGAUCAAGGAUGGUGCAGACCUGCGGUCUUACCUGAGUUUUCUUUCUGCAUCGCACCUGGGCACACUGUUUCCUCCAUGGCAGCUGGAGGAGGAGAGGAAGAUUAAACCCAAAGCAUCACAGCAGUGUCCGAUCUGCAACAAGGUGAUUCAAGGGGCGGGGAAGCUGCCACGACACAUGCGAACCCACACAGGAGAGAAACCCUACAUGUGUACCAUCUGCGAGGUCCGCUUCACCAGGCAAGACAAGCUAAAGAUUCACAUGCGCAAGCACACCGGCGAGAGGCCGUACAUCUGCCUGCACUGCAACUCAAAGUUUGUUCACAACUACGACCUGAAGAACCACUUGCGCAUCCACACGGGUGUGCGGCCGUAUCAGUGCGAGCAUUGCUACAAGAGCUUCACGCGCUCCGACCACUUGCACAGACACAUCAAACGGCAGAGCUGCCGCGUCUCGCGCCCACGACGGGGCCGAAAACCCUCCGCCUGGCGCUCCACCAGCUUCCUCUUUCCUUCAGACCCCAACCCCCACCAAGGAGAUCGGACCAUGCGGUUGCCCGCCGCCGGUGCGCCCUUGCUAUCUCAGUUAGCUGAGAGACAGGCAGCUGGGCGGCCGCUGGAGGACGUGGAUGGUGGAAGCGGCAACAGCCGCGAGAGCCUGACGGACAGGAAGCACGUCUCAGAGGAUGUGGAGAGGAAACGAGGGGUGUUCGCUUUCGCCUUGGCAACGGAGGACGUUCUGCCUCACCCACCCUUCUAUUCCGUGACCUCUGACCCCUGGGCCGUGAGACUGGAACGAGCCCCGCCCAUUCCCGAGGCUGCAAAGUGACUUUUUUUUAAAGUUUCCCGUUUAAAUCCUGAGCUCUUAACCUGAACAAACUUUCUCAGAAUAGGUUCAGAAAAUAAUAGACUUUGGCAUUUUUAAAUGUCAGAUUCAAAGGGGACGACAAGGAUUUUAAAUACUUGUUAAAUGAUCAGAGGUGGACAUGUCACAGGCCAAGUUUUUGGAUGCUUCAGCCUUUGCUAACAAGGGUAAAUGAAACAGAAAGUGAGAUUUGCUCAUAGCCUGUUCAGUGCAAUCGGUAUGUGAAACAUUCAUGCAAAAAUGUAAGAAUCAGGUAAUAAAGAGGAAAACGUAAGUCCUGCUGAAAUACGUUAUAAGCUUUGAUGCAUUCUCUCUCUCUCUCUCUCUCUUUUUUAAUUGAACAGAUUUAAAUGAAGGCAUUUCAGAAAUUAAAAACGAAUGAAAUUACAAACGUAACACAUUUUAUAUCCACUAUGCAAAAUAUGAUAAAAGUGGGAAUAUUUUUAGAAUUAAAACAAAUUAGAAAAACUGUAAUCUCAGGAUUUGACCGAUUGUUUUUAACUGCCAAAUGUAAAUAAUUAUGCAUAAUAAGAUGUCAAAUAAACAACAACAACGAAAGAAAUCAUUGAGGUUAUCUUAAUCUUACACGAACACUUUCUUACUAUUUUACGCUGCGAUCAGCGCCUCGAAUCGACUCUUGAUCAGGAUGCUUUCGCCAGCACCAUAAUGCAUAAUCGUAGUGAUGUCAUGACAUCGCUGACUUUAUUUCUAUACUGAACAUCUGUAAAACAACCAAAGAUGUGUUGUGAGACCCAAACUUGAAAGGCUUUUUAAAAUCCAACUUUAUCUCUUUGCAAAGCAGGAAGUCUUUUUCCACAUAUGAAUUGUUGCUUUAAGUGUCUAAAGCUGCGUACACACUGCCAGGGA